AUGACCACCUUAUUCAACGCGGUCUCACACGCCUCCAGCCGCCGCCCGAUUGCCUUACGCGACGAGGACUACGACCAUGAAAUACACCUCGUCGACCAGACUAAUCUAUCUCCAGUAGGCAGCCGCUCUGUCGAAAUCCCCCGCAGCGACGACGAGUCUUCCGUCACCCCGCAAACAUCACAAACCCCACUCUCUCGCCGCCAUAGCUUCGACCACGGCAAGGGCUCCGCGAGGAUCAGGGGCGGGAUCGAGCAUAAACGGUGGAGCAAGAAAUGGACCGAAGAACGAACCGGAGAGCGUGCAGGCCAGCUCAUCACAGACGAUGAUAGCAGCCUGGAUGUGACCCCGACGAAGAGCGCAGGAGUGCGCGUUAUAGUGUCAGGGAGCGAUGGAGAGAAUAGCAGGUCUGGCCGCCCGAAGCACAAGGUAGUGCCGUCGGUGACCAUAGACCGAUCACCCAGCAUCUGCACGCCUGAGUCGGCAAUCGAUGUGCUCUACGAGAACGAACGUGGAGGCUUCCUCUGUGGACACCCUUUAUUCAGCUUUCGCGCCCUUGGCAUGUUCGACGCCGCACCGUGGACCAAUAUCGCCUUCAAACCAUCCGCAACAAAUAUAAAAAACGCCCAGGUGCCUGAUCCAGGCUGGACCUGGGCCUGGGCCGACUGGGUCAUCAACCGCGAUCCUGAUAACGAGAUCCUUGACGACGAGGGCUGGGAGUACAGCUUCAUGUUCAGCAAACGUUGUAGCUGGCACGGCCCGACCUGGUACAACUCUUUUGUUCGCCGCCGCGCGUGGAUCCGGAAGCGCGUGCGCGUGCACCACGAAACGGACACGGAGGACCCGCACAGACUGACCGCGGAGUAUUUCGCGGUGCAUCCGGAUAGGUUGAGCAGCGCGAGUGCCAGCGUGAGUCGGCGCAGCUCGAGGCGUGAUAUGGUGCGGGGGGAGGUAGAAGAAAUAAAAGAUAUUGAACAGGUGCUUGCGGCGCUGAAGGCGUGCAGGAUCGAUCGAGAGAAGAGUGAGGUUGUAGAGGCGUUUGUGAAGGGGGGCAAGGCGGACUUAAAGGACCUUGCGGAGAGGAUGCAUGAUGUUAUGGGCAUGUUUAUCUUUCAGGCGUCACGACGGACUCUGCUUGCGCAUCUGACUACGGCAUUGGAUGAGACUUCAAAAGAGCAGAAAGAAGUAGAAGAGAAGGGUGAGGCUGCAAACGCGGAAGACGGUAAAAGGAAGGAGAGGCUUAAUCAUCUACUUAAUGCGGUCGAGGCCGCGGAUGGGGAAGUUAAACGGCUGGAGUACUGGAGUGAUAUCAAGGGCGUUACGGAGGAAGGGAUGGCGAAAGGCGCGGUAGACGAGGAACAGGGCUGGGAUCCGGCGUGGACGGGAUUGGAUACAAGUGCACCUCGGGAUGUGAUAAAGGAGGCGCAAAUGCCAGGAGUUGAUAAUGGCCCUGCUAAAAGAGCGGGGGAAACCGCGGAUAGUGAGCCGGCAGCGACGGAGAAGAAAGGGAAGGGCAAGGAGAAUGGGGAGACACCGUAG